CUUCGGUAUAAUAAACGCACUCACUCACUCACAUUUCAAUUCAGUUUUACCAUUGAUUCACAUAAAAACUUUGUGUUAUUUAGUUUUUUUCGUAUUGAUUUUGACCUAUUGAGCGACAAUCUGAAAUAUUAUUCAACUAAUGUGAAGGAUAUUAUUCAGUUGAGAAUACAUUGAAGUGAUUGAAUGAAAAGGGAAGGAAAAAUGUCUGAUUUGGAAACUCAAGCAAAAAUCAUGCACAAAAGUAAUCAAAUUCGUGACGCCGUCCACGGUCUGUACGAAUGGGAAAAGGAUAUAAAACAAAUGGAAGCCAAACGAAAUGUGGUGCCCGACGAAGAGGCAUUCGAUCACAGUUACCCGCUGCGAAAUCAGAUUCAACCGCCAAAACCGUCGAUCAGUGCACAAUCAGCCAAACCAUCGACCAGCACAGCGCCGGAUAAGCCGGCCGAAAGUUCGAAAACAGGUGCAACGAUUCCAAUGGCCGUAGAAAAUGCGAAUGAAUUCAAAAUACGUGGCAACAAUUGUGUAAAAGCCGGUGAAUAUCAGAAAGCCGUUCAUUACUACACAGAAGCGAUUCGAUUGAACAAAUCCGAAGCGGUUUACUACACAAAUCGCGCGCUAUGUUACUUGAAACAGAACAAAUUCAACGAAUGCAUCGCCGAUUGCACGACAGCUGUUGGUUUGGAUGGAAAAGCGGUCAAAGCAUACUAUCGGCGGAUGCAGGCACGGGAACAGAUGAAAUCUGACUUGGAAGCGGCAUUAAGUGAUUGUAAAACGGUGCUUCGCAUUGAUCCAAAAAAUGUAGACGCUCAAAAAAGUUUAGACCGGCUUGAAAGGUUGCUUAAGGCGUCUGGUAAGAAGAUCACCAAACGAGACUUGGAAGUCAAGGCAGCAGCAGCAACACCAGUUGCAUGGUCACAGUUUGAGGGUAAAAAUGGUUAUGAUCGCAUUGAUUUUGUCACAAAAGCACCACAUUUGCGGUCGAAACAAGCAUUGAAACGGAUGGCUAUCGGUGACAAUGGUGAAAAAGCUACACCGACGCCAAUGGCAAUAGAUUCAAACCGAGCCGAAGAAACCAAGCCUCUUUUAUCGAAUAUCGAUCAAACAGCCGAAAGCAAAACCAUGACGGUGACAAGCAAUGCGAUGGCUGACUUAAGCAAAACAUCGACCGAUUUGGGCAAGACGGUAGCGAAAGCAACCAAACCAAUCCUCGUCGAAAGUAAACCACAUGUGAUCCCAGUUGAAUUGGCGACACCAAAGAAUUCAGCACAAUUCCACAAAACAUGGAUGUCAAUAAAAAAUGCCGACCAAAAGUUCACGGUUCUUAAGGGAAUCUACAAAGCUGACAUCGGCCGCAUGUUGGGCGCUCAAUUUAAUUUAACAGUAUUGCGUGAAAUAUUCACAAUCCUCAAGUCACACUUCAUAAACCAGAAUCUUCCAAUUGCAAAUAUUUUGAGCGGCAUGAUGAACAACGAACAGAUGACCAUCAUCAGUGCUAUGAUGAACGCCGAAGACAAACUCGCUUUCACCAAAUUGGUCGAAUACAUGCGAAUUCGCGGAGAGGACACCGACAAGAUUGAUGCAAUCCAGAAGACAUUCGAUGACCUGAUUUCCAUGUGAACAUGAUUUUCACCUAGUUAGAGCAAUUCUUAUCAAAUUUCAAGCAAUUCAAUAAAAUUCAACACGAAAUUUGAAUCAA